CGCCACGACCCACACCAGACCUCUUCUUCCUCUCCACCAACACCAUGGCCACCAACGGUGCCGCUACUAACAGCUCCUCCUCCUCCGCCUCCUCUAACAGUGGCCAACCCACAGCGGAGCAGCAGUUGCAGCAGGCAGGACAGGGCAUGAAUUCCAUCGUACAGGUUUUCCCGCCCAUUGUGGAACUGAACGUGGGAGGCGUGUUCUACACCACGGCCCUGACCACACUACAGCGGGAACCUGACAGCUUACUCGGCCAGAUGUUCAGUGGGAAGUCCAAGACGCCGGUUCUGCGGGACUCCAAAGGCAAGUUUUUCGUAGAUCGCGACGGUGUGCUCUUCAGGUACAUCCUCGAUUUCUUACGGAACCAGAAGCUCGUGUUACCCGAGAACUUUAGUGAGCGCGAGAGACUUAAGAAGGAGGCAGAUUUCUUUCAACUGCAGGAAAUGAUAGAUUCUCUUACGCUGCCCAAGUCCCUUAGUCCUGUAGAUCCCGCUUACUCAGUCCGGACCUCCGUUGGUACCAUUACGGUCAGCUACCGCGGGACUUUCGCUUUUGGGCGCGACGGACUCGCUGACGUCAAAUUUCGAAAGCUGAGUCGUAUCCUCGUGUGCGGUCGAGUGACGCUAUGUCGUGAAGUCUUCGGUGAAACACUGAAUGAAUCGCGAGACCCCGAUCGCGGUGCCAUAGAUCGCUACACCGCACGCUUCUUUUUGAAGCACACUUUUCUGGAACAGGCUUUCGACAUGCUGGUCCUGGCCGGCUACAAGUGUUGUGGUUCCUGCGGCAACAGCACCGCAGGCGGCAUCAUGGUGGAUAAGAAGCCGGGUAUGGACAAUGAGGAAGACCGUUGGAAUCACUACAACGAAUUCGUGUGGGUGAGAGAAUAAUGUGCGGCGGGGGUCAGUGAGGCGGUCGCUGCAGUGAUGAGGCCGCUCUUAACAGUCAGCAAAUCUUUAUUCUGACGGCCCCCAACGUAGUCAAACUCCAGGAAGUGGUCGUGGGGAGACCUAACCCACGACUCCGCUACCCACCAGCCUUGUCACGGUACUCAAAGUGUGUCGUCACGUCACCCAGUGUUGACAGCCUUGAGGACCGUCCGAGGACUCACCCUGUUGCGUCUCGAAGGAAGAAAAGUUUCAUGAUCGAUUGUCUCUCAGGUGGAACUACAAAAUUUUGAAGAAAAAAAUAGAACGAAGGAUAAAUAAACUCUUCUAAGAAGAGCAUCACUCUCCUGUGCCACCAAGACUCUUUAAAUUGCUGUUGUGUUGAGUGUAUCAGUGUGAUUACUUGUCAUCACCAUCAGUCGAAUCGCAACCAAGAAAGUUCAAGAUUUGUGCGUUAAAAGUCGGCCUCAUUCCUUCACGAUUUGCUUGUUUACAUUGAUAAUACGUGUGUUGAGCUUGUAGCUGAGUACUAGUGAGAGAAUACGUGCUUAAAGUAUAUUAUUACAAAAUAAUAACUUUACUUUAUUCUUCAAAUAUUUAAAGUGAUGGUGCAUAUUAGUGGUACAAUCCAGUUAAUUAUUGUAGGAAUAUCCAUGUUAUUGAGCUUUCAGAUUGUAAUAGGAAUAUACAGUGCAAAAGAAAAUUUUAGCAAAUAUAUAGGAAGCGAACAAUAUUCUCUCGGUGUUAAAGUACAAUGGUUGGUGCCACAUUUGUAUUAGCAAUGUUGCGUUAUAUGUUUGUCAAUUUGCAUAAUGCUGAAAAAAUGCUAAUUUUCAAUUGACGGUUAAAAAAAAACAUUAUUAGCCCUCCAAUCACAGCCUUUAAGUAAUCCUCACAGAAGAAAGUAAUGUGUUUUCCAGGCAUAUAACAGUUUCAUCUUGUCAAAUCAUUUCUCAGAAAUAUAUCAAUCAAAAGAUAGCUGUCCAGAGGCACAUGUGUUUGCCUAUGUAAUACUCAUUGAUACAUAUGUGUAUGUGUGUGUGUGUGUGCUGUUCUCCUCCACAAGUUCCACUCAGGGAGCACCGGAUCCUCUUGUGUUCCCGAAUAUCCGAUCCAGAACUCGCCUUCGAGACUUCCGCUAUCGGAGAUCUCGUUAAUAUCCCUUCGGGAAUUUAGUGUGCGAGAAACCAAUCCCACGGCAUAAUCCGCGGAUAAUCCUCAAAUGAAGGACGUGUUCCUCUCUCUGAUUAUUUAAAUUGAAUAAUUUGUAAAUUGAAAGAGAAACAAAUUUACCCUGUAAAUUGUCUGGUGAAUGUAUUGGUGUUAUUGAACCUCCGUUACUUGUGCCAUAACACACUUGUGAAAUCACAGAAGUUACAUAUCCAGAUCUUUUUGCCCCAUCGACGAAAUUUCGAAGAUAUAAAAUGUGACAGGCAAAAAUAGAGCAACACAAUGUCUGAGUCAAUCAUGUUUCCGGAUGCUUUACUUACAGCUUUGUUCAUCCAUCAGCAACGUGAAGAGGUGAAGGGAUAGUGUCCAGAGCAGGUGAGAAAACACACCCGCUUCUGCCUCCCUUAAAAUGAUUCAGGAACUUUCCAGCUUUAAAUUUGGACACACAUUGCGCAGUGCUCGUAUUUGUGGUCCAUCUAUGCCUCUGUAAGUAAACAUCAGAAAGUGGUUAUCAUUGAAAUUCAAAGAAAGCUGUGAUUUAUUACACCAAAAUAUAUAUUGGUUAUCAUUUAUAAUUUUAAAAAUUAAUAUUUAUGUAUAUAUAUUAUUUUUAUGAUCGUGACAACUCACUUCUUUUUUUCGUUCAUAUAAAAUUUAAUGUUAUUGGUCAGAAUAUUCCUGCUUAACUCCACAGAUGGGCUUUCCAUGACUUUCUAUAUGUAGAUAAUCCCUUUUCUUGCACUUUUGCCCUUGUUGAAUCUGUGGAAGCAAAGGGGCUUAUCUGAAUCCAGCGGACCAUAAGGAUUAAUAGCUUGUAAGUUGUGCCCGUUAGGGUAGCUGUAUGAUACACUCAUUCAGGUGUCAAUUAGCAUCCGUUCGGGUAUCAAUUGGCACCGUGCGGGUAUCAAAUGACUCCCGUUUAGGCAUCAAAUGUCACCCGUUCAGAUGUCAGUUGACACUUGUUCGGGUAGCUAUAGGCGCCGUAGAUGAGCAUUUCUCUCCCUGUGUUAUUGAGCGCUUUUGGUACCUUAUGUAAGAGAAGUCACAGUGUGUGAGUCGCCCUGUCACCUCUCACCUCCUGGUCCCAGGGUGGGAAACAGUUCUUGCUCCCACACAUCUGCCGCGGGGUUGUUCUAGGUCAGUACCUUCCUAUGUACCCUCAAAAAUGUUUUCCAAAUGUUCUUUAGUCUGUGAACUGUUCUUCCAAUGUUCCUUAAUCUGAGAACUGUUCUUCCAGUGUUCUUUUUUUGUAUUGGAGGAUGUUGUCUCUUAUUUUACGAGGGCGAACCAUAACUUAUAGUUCUUGUGAUCAGUCAACUUAACUUCCAACUAAUGGUAUUGCUAAUGGUGAUAUCAAUAAUUUGAUAAUGCUUCCUUCCCGCCAAACACACAUCGAAACAACGACGUUGGUACAACGUUCGAACAAGUUUUAACACCUCCUAACCAGUUAUAACAACCAAUAUAGCAAGUUGUAACAACGUUCUAACACGUUAAGCCAAGAUGUAACAACUUUAUUACAAGUUGUAACAAGCGGAAAAUAGAGACAGUUUCGGUUUGUGUUCUCAGGGUUGUUGCUCAAUUCUAACAAAAAAAUAAUAUAAUACCAACAGCAAUCGAAUAGAAAUGAGCUCUCAUUGGCACACAAAGCCUUCGAAUAAUACCACCUGAAAAUUUUCUAAAGGCUGAAUGGAAAUGGUUAUUGAAAAGCGUCCAAUAGGUUUGCAGCGUCGGCCUAAGGCAGCCAGCUGGCAACACCAGCCAUAAGGGAGGAUACCGACAGGCACGUGAAGCCUCUUUAAUGCUCCUGGAGGCUGCAUCUUCCCCCCCCCCCCCCCUCCCAUCUGUGGACGGAAUCCUUUCUUCAUUAAAGAAACCUCGCGUAUAUUAGAGAUUCUUUAAUGAUGUUAUUUUGGAGUUUUUUGUUUAUAUCUCCGCGGCAGAUGGUGUGAGGCCCGCACCGUGUGUGGGUCUCUCCUCUGAUGGCAUUGUCGCCUUCAAGAUUAGAUUAGUACAGAUGUUCAUUUAUAUUUUUUUAAUCUAAGUUGGCAUUGAUACGAGUAAUAUUCACAUUGUUCUCACGUUCAUUAUGUAUAUAAUUAUUAACUUGUGAACGGCAGGCAGUGCCAGAUUCAAUUAUUCUCUCACUGAAUGAUAUACUGAUUAGAGAUUAAACCGAUUCUUUUGGGAAACGAUCAGAAUGUUACAGUAGUUCUUUAUUCACAAACUGUGGCUUCUCUAAUGAAAGUAAAUAUAUAUAAAUAUAUACAUACAAUACUUUUAAUCCUAA